AUGGAAACUAUUUGUAAAAAUCCAAAACCGUUCUUUGAAUUAAAGGAAUAUCUGACUUUAGAUAAAGAUAUUUUGUUAAUGCUUAUUAAGAGAGAUUAUAUGAAUAUUGAAGAAAUUGAUAUUUGGAAAUAUUUAGUUAAAUGGGGAACGGCUCAAUCUAUUGCUUCUAAAGGAAAACCAGUCAUCAAUUGGGGAGAAAAUGAAUUUUUGUCAUUCAAGAAAUCUCUCGAUCCGUUCAUAUCAUAUAUUCGAUUUCACGAAAUAUCACGAGAAGAAUUUUAUUUUCAUGUAAGGCCUUAUAAAAAAGCGAUCCCAGAAAAUAUUUACGAAGAUUUAGUGGCUUAUCUCAUGGCCAAUAUAAAUCUCGAAGUUUCAAAGUUACCCUCGCGUUGUAUAUCUAUUAGUAUCGAUUCUGUUAUUAUUGAAAAGGACAAAGCUAUAGUUAUCACUGAUUGGAUCGAAAAUAGCACUACAUUUACUGGGAAACCAUCUUCUUAUCAGUUUACACUUACUUACCGAGCAACACGUGACGGGUUUGAUUAUGAUACUUUUAUCAAGAAUAAUGAUUGUUGCGUCGUUCUUGUAUUAAUUAAAAUCUCUGAUUCAGCAAAAAUAAUUGGUGGAUACAAUCCUUUAG